UUGGUAGCCGGUGGCUACGUGACCUUACCCCCGUAGGGGCCGCCCGUGGCGGCUCUCCGGGCCUUGGUCGGCCAGACGGUGGCUUCCCGUAGCGGUCCCGGCCGAAAUCGUAUAAACCCGCUAACGGAAGGAGAAGAAUGACUAAAUUACUUGGAAAUCGAAGUAGAAAAUACAAUAUUAUCUCGUGCUGGAAAUGUCGCCAUUUUUUAUUUUAUUAAUCUUACCGUACGCGGUGCUUUGUACCCAUACGACUUUACAGUUACUACAUAUAAUUUCGCGCCACGGAGCCAGGACCCCAAUUAUUCUUUAUCCGAACGAUCCGAAUAAAAAUCACCGAUACAAGGAAGGACUCGGACAAUUAACAAACACCGGCAAACUUCAACAGUACGCUUUGGGAAAGUAUUUCAGGAAGCGUUACCAUAAUUUUAUCACGUCCAACCCGAGAGAGGUGGUGGCUAGAAGUUCCGAGACGGACAGGACGAUGGUGAGCGGGUUGUGCCAUUUGUCCGGACUGUACGCGCCCUCCAAGGAAUGGCGGUUUACCGAAGAAAUAAACUGGCAACCGAUUAAAAUACUGACGUCGCCUCGGACAAAGGACAAACUGUUAUACUAUAAAUCCGAAUGUCCGGAAUCGGAUGCGGAAUACGAUCGAAUCUUUAACAGUCCGGAAGGAAAAGCCUACCGAAAACAACAGCCCGACCUUCUCGAUUACGUCAGCUAUUACAGUGGACAAACCAUCGACGAUUGGAAAGACGCUCUUUACGUCAUCGACGCGAUUAAAAUCGAAAGGAGGAACGGCGCGGUCGUCCCCCAUUGGGCCGUUCGAGUUUAUCGACGAUUGGAGAAAAUAUUCGACGAUUUCUUCUAUUUUUCUUACAAAAGCCUAAAGAUGCAGAGACUUCGAGCGGGUCCUUUAAUAGGCGAUAUAGUGGAACGUAUGAAGGAAAAAGACGAAGGGAAAUUAAACAACCUGACUAAAGUCUACGCCUAUUUUACCCACGACGCCAACGUCGCCGCUCUCCUCGGCGCCUUGAAGAUAUUUAACGGGAAAGCGCCGCCCUUCGGCGCCACCGUUUUGGUGGAACUUCACAAAUUCGGAGACUCUACUUGCGUUAAAGUGUUUUAUUCCAAUUCUUCUAGUCCCGAAAGAGACAAGCCGGACGUUCGUUCCAUGAAGUUACCCGAUUGCCCGUCGGAAUGCUGUCCGUUACGCGCUUUUAUAAACAUUACUCGUCCUCUGGUACCCGUCGACUGGGAGAACGAAUGUAAAUUACCGAUGGCCGGAAGGACCUCGGGUUGCGAAGAAUCUUUAUGCUCCGGAAAAUGGACGUAUUAUUUACUGUGGUUUGGCCUGGUAAAUCGACUUUAUUCGUUUUAGCGCAAAUUUCGGGCGAAAGAAUCUCUAUUUUUACAGUUUUUAAAGAUUAUUUUCUAUUCUGUGGCGAUUAAAUAAAUUUCUUAAAUUUUACGCUGGGAUUAAAACGAUUGUUCGUAAUUUACCAAUACUCUAAACGA